CUAGAAGGUUCCAGCAUCCUAACUCCCGCCCAAGCUCACCACAUCCAGGGGCAGAUGUAGAUGGCACCUACCUUUUACCAUUACUGGCCUGUGCCCACUGACAAAUCAGAGUCAAUGCUGCAAGAUCGGCUGGGGAGGCAGAACUGGCCGGUGAUCUUGGGGAUCCCGUUGGUGCUGGGUCUGUUCAUAGGCCUGAUUGUCUUUGCUGUCAGGGCCAACAGUAAAGCCUGCAAGGAUGGCCUCCUAGCAGAGCAGGAGUGUCGCAAUGUCACCCGUCUCCUGGAGCUCCAGCUAACCCAAACCCGGCAAGACUUACUAGGGACCAUGGACCAGGCUGCCACCUGCAACCAGAUUGUGGUGAACCUGUCAGCUUCCCUGGAGAUGGAGAAGGCCCAAGGUCAGGAGGAGCACAUCCAAAAAGAGGAGCUUCGGGGAGAGAUUGAGAAAUUGAAGCAGAAGCUGCAAGACGCUUUGGAGGAGGUAGAGCGACUAAGGUCAUGGUGCCCCUUGUUCUCAGAAAACAGACCACCACAGGGCACCUGGGUGCCUCCAUGGGUUAAGCGUCUGCCUUCAGCUCAGGUCACGAUCCCGGGGUCCUGGGAUCGAGCCCCACAUCAGGCUCCUUGCUCAGCGGGGAGCCUGCUUCUCCCUCUGCCUGCCAUUCCCCCCAUUUGUGCUCUCUCUCUCUGAUAAAUAAAUAAAAUCUUUGAAAAGAAAAACUAGGCCAUCACAACAAAGCAUAUUCUUUUCUAGCAAGUUAGCAAACCACAUCCCAGAUGAGCCCCUGAAAGAGCCCUCCCCCCUGCAGAAACUUGUCACCUCCUGCUCUAUGGGGCCAAGCAAGUGUCAACAUCCUCCUCACACAGUCCUCCCCCAGGGGUGCAGCUGAGCCUGACAUCUCUCUCCACGUCUGGCCCCUCUCCUCCCUUGGAAAGUGAAUAAACUCUGUCCUGCUUGUGCUCCACUCUUCGCGCAAUUCUUUGCCACCAGGCUCACCGGCCACCCUAACAUCAUCUCAAAGCUUUCUUUGAACUUGCCCAUCAUCCUGAGCUUCCCACUACUUGCCCUAUACUCUUUCUAUCUCCCCAAAGACCCCUCUCCCUCUCCCCAGGUCUCCCCACUCAGACUUCAACUCUGCUGACCGACCUCCGCCUUUCCACCCGCCCGCAGGUGAUCCUCCCUUGGCUCCUCCACAGCCCCCCCUCCUUCCCCUCAAGACCCUUCAGCACCCCUUCCCCGCCUUCAGCCCUUAUCUGCACGUCCUCAGAUCCUUCUCCGGCCCACACGCCCUCUGGCCACCCUUACCAACCUCCCAAUGCUCCCAAUUCCCUCUUGGCGAAGUGGCUGGAGCAGGGGGCAUGGUUCAGGUUCACAUUCCCUCCUGCACGCCAGAUCUUUCUCUUAUAAAAUCUAAGGUUCGCUCUUUUUCAACCCAUCCCUCCAGAUUCACUAAGGAAUCUGAGUAUCUCACCCUUCCCUCUGAUUUGUCGUGGACGGACCUAUAUGUUAAUCUCUCCACCUGUACCAUCCCAGAGGAAAGAAACAGAAUUUGGCCCCAGGCAACUGAAUGUGCUGAUGAUCUGAGCUGCAGACAGCCUGCACAACGAGCUCCCAGCAAUGCGGCCGUCCCCUUGGCCGAGCCCACUUGGAAUUAACCACCCCUCCUCUGGAGACAAGGUCAAACUCGACCACAUGGUCCCCAUCUUCUAGAAGGCGUGAAAUGGGCAGCUUCUAAACAGGUCAAUUAGGAAAGGUGAAGGGAGAUCACCCAAAGAUCAGAUAAAAACCCUGCCCUUUUCCUCACUCGCCUCACUGAGAUUCUUCUUUUUUUUUUUUUUUAAAGAUUUUAUUUAUUUGACAGAGAGAGACACAGCGAGAGAGGGAACACAAGCAGGCGGAGUGGGAGAGGGAGAAGCAGGCUCCUCGCUGAGUAGGGAGCCCGAUGCGGGGCUCGAUGCGGGGCUCGAUCCCAGGACCCUGAGAUCAUGACCUGAGCUGAAGGCAGACACUUAACGACUGAGCCACCUGCGCGCCCCACUGAGACUCUUCAAAAACUCACCGACCUUGAUCCUAACUCUCGUGCAGGAAAAUUGAUCCUGGCUCUGCAUUGUAUCUCCCAGCCAGCCCCAGACAUUAGGGGAAAAAAAAAAAAAACCUUCAAAAACUGGAUAAAGCCCACAAAACCAUCAAUCCGAAGUACUAGACCCGGCCUUCAAGGUUUUUUAACAGCAGAGAGGAGGAAAUCAAAGAGGAAAAGAGAAAAAUAUCAAAAAACGAUCUCAGGCUUAUCAGCUCCUGGCUACUGCCCUCACUGGAGCAAUUCUAGAAAAGUCUUACCGUGCUGGCUUGACCCAAACAUUCAACAAACCCCCUCCAGGAGCUUGUUACGCUUGCAGUAAGCCUGGCCACUGGUCCAAACAGUGUCCCAAUAAAAAACAAAAACAAAAAAGGGCCACCCAAAACCUCUUGUCCCUCCUGUAAGCAGGUUGGCUGCUGAAGAGUGACGACCCCAUCCUCAAAGUGGGGGGAGGGCAUCUCCCAAAACCUUUCCUCAGGGCCCAAAUAGGAGAGAGGAUCAGCCAUAUCCCUGGUGGCUGAUCUCUUGGGACUUCAGGAUACGGAGUGACACACCCCAGGAUCUCCCUGGAUUUUCAGGACCCUCUCUUCCCUCCCCCAUCUCUGUCGUUGGGGUUGAUGGCAUUCUUUCUUCAGCUACCCAACUCUGGUCAUGUGCCCUGGGAGAUCAAAUCUUUAGCCAUCUCUUUCUUGUUCUGCCACGCUGUCCUCUCCCCCUGCCAGGACAAGACAUUGUGACCAACCUAGGGACUCGCUUUCAUCUGCACCCCGUACACCCCCAAUCCCAAUUCCUGGGACUCCUUACUGAACCUACACACCCUGCUCCCACUUCACUCUUUCCAGUUUUGACUCCAGGUCCCUCGUCCAUAUGGGACACCUCCAAACCAGUUAAGGCUACUCACCUCACCCCCAUCACCAUAUACCUCAAGGAUCCUACUUUUUUCCCUUCCAAACCCCAAUAUCCUCUCAAACCUGAGGCCUUAAGAGGCUUGCAGUCCCUCAUUUCCAAAUUCCUUUCCUCAAAUGUAUUAAAGCCUACUAACUCUCUACAGUACUCCAAUCCUUCCCGGCAAAAAGCCAGACGGUUCUUAUAGAUUAGUUCAGGAUCUCAGAAUUACCAAUGAGGCAGUCCUCCCCAAGCCAGACACCCCUCUCUCCGCCAUUCCACCCUCCACCAUGUACUUCAGUGUCUUAGAUCUUAAAGACUCAUUUUUCACUAUUCCCAUCUCCCCAGAAUCCCAAGACCUUUUCGCCUUAGCCCAACACAGUUAACUUGGACACCUCUCCCACGGGGUCUUAGGGAUAGCCCCCACCUCUGUGGACCAGCUCUGGCAUCAGAUCUUUCCCACCUCUCCCUUCCAAAUAGUACCCCUCUCCAACCUGUGGAUGACCUCCUUUUCAGCCCUGCUGGGCCCACUUCUAUUUCUGACACCAUCACCAUCCUCACCUUCCUAAACAACAAAGGUUAUAGAGUCUCCCUCUCCAAAGCCCAUCUUUUUUUUUUUUUAAAGAUUUUAUUUAUUUAUUCAUGAGAGACAGAGAGAGAGGCAGAGGGAGAAGCAGUCUUCCCGCGGAGCAGGGAGCCCGAUGCGGGACUCGAUCCCAGGACGCUGGGAUCAUGACCUGAGCCCAAGGCAGACGCUUAACCAUCUGAGCCACCCAGGCGCCCAUCCAAAGCCCAUCUUAACCAACAAUCUGUCCCAUACCUAGGAUUUUUGCUUACACCGGGACAACUGACCAUAUGGCCCUGCAUGGAGCCCAACUCUCGAACCUACUUCCUCUGUGGUUCACCCCCCACUUGGAAGGGGCACUGCGCCUUCGUGUACCUAGUUCCUGAUCAGCACUUUCCCAACUCACCAGCCCUCACACCCCUAACACAGGGUGUAACAGGCACUCAAGUAGAAACCCAGUCUUUUUGUAUCCCACCCCUGUAGAACUGAGCCAAUAUCUAUCCUCAUCCUCCUUGGCAUCCUUAUGGGAAUUGGGUUAGGCACGGGAGGAACAGCUCAUCCUAUCCAUACGUGGGAACCCUCUCUUUCCUUGAGUCAAAAGUAGCCGAUUUGGCUUCCACACCCUAAGCAACACAGAGACAGUCUGAUUCCCUGGGAGGAGCAGUUCUUCAAAAUCCUCUGGUUUUAGACCCUUUGACUGCUAAUGAGGGGGUUACUCGUACCUUAUUGUGGAAGAAUUCUGCUUCUAUGUAAAUGAGUCAGGUCAGGUCUUGGACAGCCCUGAGAAAAUUAUCAACUCAGCUAGGGACAAUGAGGAACAAUAUAAAAACUGGGGGGGGGGGGGGGGCUGAUUAGUUCUUCUGGAAACUAGAUAUCUGGUCUUGGUUCUCAUGGCUCAUUCCAUUCCUGGGACCUUUGGUGGUUAUCGGAUUAGCCCUUAUUUGGAGGUCCAUGUAUUUUAAAAUAAAGAAUCUCCUUCAUCCCGGACAGAAUCUCAACCCUUGGUAGCUCUCUGAGGUCUCAGCAAACUCAUGCUCAGGCCCCCUUGCCCUGCAAGCAAGAUGCCACCAACAUCCCCCUCACUCUCAUCCCUCCUGCCUCUGGGUGCGGACAGCUCUGUGACCCUGCUCAGCGGGAAGUAGUUACAGAAGGAUGACCUUCUCCCAUUUUCCCAAAUCAAGAAUAAUUUCAAAUAAAGAGAGGAGGGAACGAAAGGUUUCUAUUCAAAGCCCCCUCCCCAGCCUAGCUUACAGACAAAAUUCACAGGUGUCUGUACUUGGCCCUGACUCUUUGUUUUUCCAGAUCACGGUGCCCCUCAUUCCCCAAAAAUAGACCACCACGACAAAACAUAUUCUUCUCUUUUUUUUUUUUAAGAUUUUAUUUAUUUAUUUGAGAGAGAGAGAAUGAGAGACAGACAGCAUGAGAGGGAGGAGGGUCAGAGGGAGAAGCAGACUCCCUGCUGAGCAGGGAGCCCGAGGUGGGACUCGAUCCCGGGACUCCAGGAUCAUGACCCGAGCCGAAGGCAGUCGCUUAACCAACUGAGCCACCCGGGCACCCCAAAACAUAUUCUUCUCUAGCGAGACUGCAACCCACAUCCCAGAUGAGCCCAGACAGAGCCCUCCCCCCCACCCCAUCCCCCAGAAACUUGUCACCUCCUGCUCUACAGGGCCAAGUGUCGACCCCCUCCUCACACACCCUACCCCGUGGGCACAGCUGCAACCCUCUCACAUCCUUAAAACCCCUUAAAAGGCCCAGCCUGACAGAAACUCAGGGCGACAUCUCUCUUGAUGUCUGCCCCCCCUCCCCCCUUGGAGAGUGAUUAAACUCUGUCCUGCUUGUUGCUCUACUCUUUGCGGCCAGCCCAGAGUCACCCUAACGCAAGGGAAAGAGGAGGGGGAAGGAUGAGGAGAGGGAGACAGAGGGGAAGGAGAAGAAAAGGGGAGACACAGGGAGAAGGAAGAGGUGGAAGAAGGGGAAAAGGAAAU